CGGUGCCAACUCUGUCGUCGACGUAACUUCAAACGCCGUGUCCACCGAUCCACAUUCCAUUGGUGUCAUAACUCAAGUCGCGCCACCAUGGUCAGCAGUGUCGAGAGCCCGCGGUCGUCCGUGACCGACACGGCGUCGUUCAUUGGCAAGGCGUCGCCGCCGCUCUGGUCGUACCUCAUCCUCAUCAUCUCCGUCCUCGCCAUGUCGUCCGGUGGCAUUUGGUUCGCGCUCCUCACCGAGACGCCGCCCUUCAUGCAAGCGUGCUGGCGCCUCCUCCUCACGGCCUUUCUGCAGUUCUUUGGCCUUGUGUAUGAGCUCAAGACCGACAAGGCGCUCGAUGCUGCGUUUUGGGCGCGCUACAAGGCGUCGCUGCCGCUGCUUUGCAUCAUUGGCCUCUCGCUCAGUUUUCACUUUGGCGCGUGGGGCUGGAGUGUCGCCCAUACCUCGCUUUUGGACUCGCUCCUCCUUGUUCCAAGGCCGCAUGGCCCCGCCCAUUGA